AUUCACCGUGUAUCCAAAGUUAUUCUUUCACUUGUUGAAGCAACUUGAGUAUUUGGAGUUAGAGGUGAUGGCGUUGAUAAAAAGAAAAUUAUUUAACCGUAUGGCAAACAUGAUGCUCCUGAUGCUGGUCCUAUUACAAGCACCUCUGCCCUUCGCCCAAGAUCAGUCCAGUAUAUUCUCGAAACGCUUGGCCAAAUUUUCCAUCAACGUGUACACCAAACUAGUCGCGCAGAACUCCAAUCAAAACAUCAUCUUCUCACCCUUCUCAAUCCAAACCUGUGCAGCCAUGGCACGCAUGGGUGCGAAAGGUAAAACAGCAGCUCAAUUGGAUCGCGGUCUUAAACUGAUUUCCAAUAAUGAAGCACAGAUUGCCGAGAGUUUCCACAAAGUACUCGCUGCAUAUGAAAAGAGUAGCAUUCUUCACAUUGCCAACAAGAUAUACAUAAAAGCUGGCUAUCAGCUUAGGGAUAAGUUCAGUUCAAUAAUCUUUAAAAAGUUUCUAUCCGCUGUCGAGCCCAUAGACUUCUCCGAAGAUGUAAGGGCUGCAGAGAAAAUCAAUUCCUGGGUCGCAUUGCGAACCAAUAACCUCAUAAAAGAUAUAGUUGAUUCAAGUGCAUUGACGGCGAGUACGCGUUUGCUGUUGAUCAAUGCGAUACACUUCAAAGGAAACUGGGUGCAUCAAUUUCCAGAGAGAGACACCGGAAAUGAACCUUUCUAUGGGAACACUGACAAAAGCAUCGAUGUACCCAUGAUGAACUUGAAAAAGCGUUUUAGAUAUGCAACACUCGAUAAUCUUAAUGCCACUGCACUGGAAUUGCCCUACAAAGACUCAGACUUGUCCAUGCUGAUCGUAUUGCCUAAUAGCAAUACUGGUUUGCCACAACUGGAGAGGAAACUUCGGAUAACUCCGCUGAGCCAGAUUACGGAAAAACUUGACUGGAGGGACGUAAUUGUCAAACUGCCUAAGUUUAAGUCCGAAUUCGAGGUGGAGUUGAAACACACUUUUAAGCAGCUGGGAAUGUCCGAUAUGUUCUCGAAUGAUGCUGACUUUAGCAGAAUGAUCACAACUUCGGACCGGUUAAAAGUGUCGAAAAUCAUUCACAAGGCUGUUAUCGAGGUGAAUGAGAAGGGCACUGAGGCAGCUGCAGCCACAGCUUCAAUCAUUGUUGGGUUCUCAUUGCCCUCGUUGCCACGGGAGCCCAAAAGAUUCUACGCAGACCAUCCAUUUAACUACUAUAUCAUCAAUAAGCAGAGCAUUGUGCUCUUUGCUGGGAAGUUAAUAAACCCUUAAAAUAAAAGGGAAUCUAUUUCAUAAAUCUAAACAAGCAUGCAUUUGUCUAUUAAU